AUGCUGAAGGCUUCUAUUAGAUUCACACAAAUUUGGCGCCCAGUCGUCACUCCUGUACGGAAUCGUCCAUAUCCGAUUCCUUUUAUAGAUUUCCUUAAGAAUAUUCCCGAGACUCAGUAUUCUAGGCUGGAUAAUGGUUUGACAAUUGCCACUGAAGAAAGGGAAAGUUACAAUACUUGCGUUGGACUGUUUAUAGAUGCUGGUUCUAGGUAUGAGGACAAUUUUGAAAAUGGCGUGGGCCACUUUUUCGAACAUCUAGCGUUUAAAGGUACAAAAUGUCGAACAAAAACUUUACUCGAAGAUCAGAUUUCAUCUUCUGGCGCCAUCUUCAAAUGCUUCACGACUAGAGAAAUGGUGGCGUAUUACGCAGAUUGUCUUUGUUACGACCUUCCGCGUGUUGUGGAAAUUUUAACGGACUGCGUAUAUAAUAACAACUUUGCGACGGCUGACAUCGAACUUCAGAGAAAGAUUGUUUACGCGGAAAUGAUCGAACAAGACAAAAAUUCGAACACUGUACUUUACGAUUACUUGCAUUCCACAGCAUUUCAGGGCACGCCGCUCGCGCAAACCGUAAUGGGACCGAGCUGUAAUUUGUAUAACUUCACUGACAUGACGAUCUCAAGGUACCUAGCGAAACGAUUCGAUCCAGCGCGGACCGUUCUCGUUGCUGUUGGAGGAGUCAAACAUGAUCAAAUGGUCUUUCUGGCAAACAAUUACUUGAAUAAGCUAACGCCCCUAAAAUGUGUCGAUAUAGGUGUUGCUCGAUAUACGGGUUCUGAGAUUAGGUUUAGAAAUGAUUCCUUACCAGUCGCCAACUGUGUAAUGGUAAUAGAAGGACCAUCUUUUUGCCAUAAAGACCAAAUUGUAAUGGAAGUGGCAGCAAGCAUCAUUAGUGGGUGGGACAAGUCCCAGCCUGGAGGUAUUAACCAUGCAGUUAGAAUAGCACGAGAGGCCUCUACGGAUAAAUUCUGCGACUCAUAUAAAGCAGUUAACAUUACUUAUAAGGAUACGAGCCUUUGGGGGGUGCAAUUCAUGGGGCCGAGUGUGGAGCUCGAAGACAUGGUACUAUCAAUUCAAGGAGAGUGGAUGAAUAUGUGCCAUACGAUAACUGAUGCAGAAGUAGAGAGAGCUAAACGGGAAUUGAAAACUAAAGUGUUAUCGAAGACUGAAAGUUGCGCUGGUACAUGUCACGAAAUAGGCAGAUGGGUUCUGUACAACGAAAUAAGACCACCGCUACACGAGAGAAUCUGUGCUAUCGACAGCGUCUUCGCACAAGACAUUCGACGAGUGUGCAAUAAGUAUAUUUAUGACAAGUGCCCGGCAGUAGCGGCAGUAGGUCCCACGGAAGGUCUCCCGGACUAUACCAAGAUAAGAGCUGGAAUGUAUUGGUUGAGAAUAUAA